AUGGCCGCUAUGAUCAAGGUCUUCACGAACAAAUGGAUUAAUCCACCCAAGGAGGUUCAUGAAGACUACACUGGACGAAUCAUCAUUGUGACUGGGGGAACAUCCGGCAUCGGCAAAGAGGCGGCCUUUAAGUUUGCCAAACUAGGAGCUGCCAAGGUCAUCAUCACAGCGCGAGAUUUGGACAAGGGGGAAUCAACAAAGGCUGCGCUGGAAGCUCGUCUUGGGCGGAAGGGCCAAAUCGAAGUGUGGCAAUUGGAUAUGAUGUUGUACAACAGUGUAGAAGCAUUUGCCAAUCGAGCAAAUCAGCUCGACCACCUCGACAUAGCUGUCUUGAACGCUGGCACUCGACGAAUCGCGUUCCAUCAGUCGCCGUGUGGCUGGGAAGAGGAUAUACAGGUCAACACACUUUCGACGACGCUCCUGGCUAUCCUACUCUUGCCGAAGCUCAAGCAGUCCAAACAGAAGACGGGUAAAAUCCCAAUUCUAGAGUUUGUCAAUUCUGGUCUCCACCAGAAAGCAGUUAUGGCGCCCGAGAUCCGCCAGGAACCCAGCAUACUCGAGCAUUACAACAAAAAAGAGAACCACAAGGAGGGAAGCCAGUAUAGCUUCUCCAAAGUCUUCCUCAUGUACGCUGCAACAAAGCUCGCCGAUGAGAUCUCCUCUGGCGACGUCAUCGUCACGAGCGUCUGUCCCGGCUGGGUCAACACAGACCUGGGUCGAGACCAUUUCUUUUCCGGCGUACAGAUUUUAGCCUUUUUGUUCAUUCUGUUGUUUAUGCGGACGCCAUCCCAGGGGGCCAACAUAGUAUUGAGCGGGACGACACAGGGAGAGAGGGUACAUGGACGGUUCUGGCAGCAUGACAAGAUUCAGCCGACGCCACCUAGUUUGCAGGGGACUGGGAUGAAGGAGCUGGGCGAGAGAAUGUGGAACGAGAUUGUGGAUGCACUGGAGAAGGAUGUUCCAGGCGUCGCAAAGGCUAUGCCCAAGCUACCCUUCCGCCGUAAGCCCUCUGCCCACGGUCGCAAGUCGAUCAUCCGCUUCCUGCUUCCCCGGACUCGUGCCCGCGCGCGUCUUCACCUCUCCAAGUUCCGCCACGACACGCUUCCCUCGCUCAAGCACCGCGCCCAGUCUCGCAUAUACCGCUAUCUCGUCUAUCGCCAGGCCCAAAAGCUCCGGGGCAAGCCGACCAUUGUCCAGCGCCUGCAGGGCUACAUCCGACGCCUGAGCGGCACCAGUUAUCUCGAAGAUGCUGCCAGAGAGCGGCGGCAGCAGAUAGCGAAGCAUCCAGGCGGCAACGCAUCGAAGGAGCCUGCAAUGACGUACCAGGAGAGCUACGACACACGCGAGCCGGGGUCGCGGAGGCGAAAGCUGGCCGGCUACCUCAAGGCUGCGAACGAGCUCAGGCAGACAUACACGCAGCAAUACACAUCCAAUUGGAACAACAGGGAUACGCAAUACAACUACGAUGAUGAUUCGCCAGGCGACUUUCCCGACGCCGCCGUCGUCAGGAGUGGCCGCGAGGAGAUGGUUCUCUUUCCCAGCUACGCCCGAAGACAUGUCAAGAAGAAGCCGGAAGCAUCACAAGCACCUAUGCAGGAAGCCGGCAGCCAAGGGCGCGAUACACGCAACUCGAGUAGUACGGGCGAUGCCGAGUUCUGGAAAGAACAGUGGAACAACUACGAGGACGACAAUGCCGUGGUAGACGUCGAUGUGCGCGGGUGGAUAUACUCGCCGCACAAGGGGCCCAUGUCGAGGAAACAGAGGCUCUUUGUUGGUCUUGCGCGACAGCUUGUUGGUGUACAGGCACCUCCGCAGACCUCUGGCUCGUCUGCAGACAGCAGUCGAGAUACCAGUCCGCAACGGCCGGGCUUCCGAGAACGAGCCCACCAGCGCGAUGCGCAACAAGACGAAGCGCUCGCUGCGAGAGAAGCAGAAGAGAUUCUGCGUAGAGGCGAAAGCGAGGCGAGAGCUGCUGCACGCGGUGCUUACAGCGAGAGGCCGGCUCGGCAAGACAAUGAUAUUGAGAUAUACCGGACGGAAAGUGGGAACAGCAUGCGGCCGAACAAUGAUAGGGUACACCAGCUGGCUCAUAGCCCAUCACAGGAUUCCAUGCGAAGCGAGGCUGGCAUCAAACCCCUGCAAAAGCGUAGCUCAUGGAACCAGCCGUCUGAGAUGAGCGCGGCAGAGCUUGCGGAAGCCAAUGCCCGGCUUAUGGCUAGGUUACGCCACUUCCUUGCCAUACCCAUGUCCAACACACCCAUCAGCGUCUUUUUCUACAACGACAGCAUCUCAAAGCAGCGGACAGUGUACACGGACGCUGCAGGACACUUUAGUCUAACCGCGGCACUGGACUUUGUGCCCACCCACGUACGCAUACUAGCCUCUGAUAAGCUCUCGGCAACAGAAGAAGUGAUCAUCACUGCUUCUCAAGGUAUCAGCGUGAUAAGCGAUAUUGACGACACCAUCAAGCACUCUGCCAUUGGCAGCGGUGCUCGCGAAAUCUUCCGCAAUGUCUUCAUUCGCGACCUCCUCGACCUCACCAUCGACGGUGUUAGGGAGUGGUACAACAGAAUGGCAGAAAUGGGGGUCAAGUUUCACUACGUCUCAAACUCACCCUGGCAGCUAUUUCCUGUCAUCUCCAAGUACUUUUCUCUGGCUGGACUGCCGCCGGGCUCAUUCCACUUGAAGCAAUAUAGCGGUAUGAUGCAGGGUAUCUUCGAGCCUGUUGCUGAGAGAAAGAAGGUCACCCUCGAUAAGAUUGCUAGGGACUUUCCAGAGCGCAACUUCAUCUUGAUUGGUGAUAGUGGCGAGGCUGAUCUCGAAGUGUAUACUGAUUUUGUCCUGGAUAACCCUGGAAGAGUAGUUGCAGUGUUUAUUCGCGAUGUCACCACCUCGGAAAAUCCUGGCUUUUUCGACCCUUCAAUAAAUCCUUCAUCAGGCAGCCGGUCGUCGUCUUCGCCGCCAGCGCAACUCGGUGGUGGCGGUAGUUUGGAAUCCCUGAGCAAGGCUCGAACACUGUCUGAAGAAAAUGAUCCCGAACUCAAGGCCGCGAUUGCUGCAUCAUUACGUGAAAUGGAUGCAGAGAAUAACAGACGUUCCAAGUCACUCUUUCCAGAGUUGAAUCGCGAACAGCCGCCAAAGCUGCCAGCUAGGAGACCUGGCCCACCGGACAGCUCCCGGCAGAGAUCAGCUCCAAACCUGAUAGACCUGUCCUCAGACGACGACGUAGACCAGUCGCCUGCAAUGAGAAGAUUCAACUCGGAUACCAGAGCCUACAAUGAGCGGCAACGUCUUUCAGCCGCAUCUGCUGCUAGUACCAAGUCUGCUCCCCCGCCUCCUAGAAAACCAGUCGGAUUGAGAAGUCCAAGUGAAUCCGCAUCUCUCAAACAGCCUUCCACUUCAAAACCACCGCCGCCUAAGCCAAGGAUAUCAUCAGCAGUCGUCAGCCAAUCAAGUCCUCUUACACAGCAGCAAAAUGCACGUGGACCUGCAAAUACACCGGGAAAUCCAAAACCCCCAGUAGCUCCCAAGCCAUCUAUGAGCUAUCAAAACCAGACACCGGAAGACCAACAAACAUAUGCUGGCAUGGCUCGCGAUAAGCUGUGGUCCGUCUACAACAACCUGCCUGCAUUGAGGUCGACAGAGGAGCCCAGUUCAAAUGCAUCCACUCUUGAUGUCACUGGCGUCCGAAAGGGCCCUCCUCCACCACCACCGCGACGCGGAAACCGCGAAACAACCACAAACGCAGCAUCAUAUGUUGGCUCCAAAGCAUCUUCCGCAUGGCAAAAUGCACCAUCCAUACCCUACCACAACCGCCCACCGAUAACUUCGGCGCAAACAUCACAACCUUUUUCCACAGCCGCGCCACGACAAGGCGUUAAUCGCACAAACACAGGAAAUACGCUGAAUAGCGGGCCCGCAGGAGAGCAGCAGUACGGAUCAAAGAAAGAAAUCCUUUGGCGUCAAAGAUGGGCGCAUGCUGAGCAAGUACUGGGCGAGCAAGGCGUGGCCUUGCGCAGCUGGAGAGUCGGAGGCGACAUCAUGGAAGAGGCGGAGCACAUCAUACGCGAAGCAGAGAGGAGGUUUAAGCCUGUGGAAGAGAUAUCGACGGAUCUCCGGGAGAAAGUCAAGGAAGAUGUCAAGAUGGAGACGAAUAAAGAUGGGAGUGGAAAGGGGCAGUGGAGUGCGUGGAAAGCAAGUAAAUUGGCAAAGGAAUACGAGAAAAAGGGAGGCGGAUAUGAGAAUGAGGCUGGGAGUAAGAAUGAGCCGAAGAAAGGGGUUCCAGAGGGCAAAUCUGAAGGCAAGAAGAGAAGCGAAGUGAGUGGGAAGCAGGAGGAGGGCCACGAAGAUGAAAAGGGAGAUAAGGAGGAGAGUCAGGAUGAAGAUGCUCCUACGAGUGCGCAGAAGAAUAAGACAGAGGCAAAAGCUGAUACGGGGGCGGAGAAAAGGAGGGGGGCGAGGCAAAGUAAAGGGACUGAAGCGAAAGAUGAGGCCAAGAAGAAAGGAGGUGACGGGUUGAAGGGAAAGGGAAAGAAGAGGACGGAGGGAACGAGGAGGUCUGCGAGAGUUGCUGCUGGGAAGAGGAAGACGGAGGAUGCAAAUGAAGAAGAUGAAGAUGAUGAUGAUGAUGAGGGCGAGAGUGAGAGCGGUAAGAGGGAGCGGAAGAGUACGGCUAAGCCCAAGGCAAAGAAGAGUAGGUCUGAGUAA